CAGCCCAUCGCCGACUAAAGGGGUCCUCCGAGUAGUUUGUGCUAACAAAGCAGACUCCAAAAUGUCGGGAGAGGUGUAUCUCCUUUGGCUCCUCUCGCUUUUACAAACGCUGUCGGCGUAUGGUGCCGAUCUGUCGUCUGAGGCAUGCAGGGAACUGGGUUUCUCCAGCAACCUGCUGUGCAGCUCCUGUGACCUGCUCGGGGAGUUCAGCCUCACCAAGCUGCAGCCUGACUGCGGGCAGUGCUGCCAGCAGGAGGCCCAGAUGGAAGUGCGCAAGCUCUAUGCUGGGGCCAUCCUAGAGGUGUGUGGAUGAAAACUGGGGAGGUUCCCUCAAGUCCAAGCUUUUGUCAGGAGUGACAAGCCGAAGAUGUUCAAGGGUCUUCAGAUCAAGUACGUGAGAGGCUCUGAUCCUGUACUAAAGCUUUUGGACGAUAACGGGAACAUUGCUGAAGAACUCAGCAUCCUCAAGUGGAACACAGACAGCGUGGAGGAGUUCCUGAGUGAGAAAUUAGACCGAAUAUAGACACGUGUAUGUUUUUUUUUUGUUUUUAGUUAAAGGGUCGUUUCACCCGAAUUACAAUACCGCUAGUUGUGUGUAGCCAUGCAGGUGUUUUACGUGCCUGAGAUAUCUUUGUCCAACUUCAGGUAAAUGGAGUUUUGUUUGUGGUGCUCGCAACACUGAAAAAUGACAUUAACAACUGAUUUUUCUAGAACUUGUGUUACUGUAGAAAAUCCACCUAAUUCACUGUCAUUGGUUUUAUCUGAAAUACUGAAAUCGGCCCAAUGAAAACCAAUCCCCACAAACAAAAAUACUCUUGUCUCCAUUGUAUUUAGGCUGUGCAAAAAUCUCAAGAGACUUUAAAACGAUAACAAAACUAUCUGCAUGGAUAGAGACGACUAGGGGCUACUGAGGUUUUGUUUUAUAAUUUUGGGUGAACCGAACCGUUAUGUUAUUUACUAAUUUGUACACAACUCGGCCUUGAAAGAUGGUUGUUAAAUCAGGAUGACUGUUUUUGUAUGUGAAAAUCCUCAAUUUCUUGCCUGGAUUUUACCAAAUAACUUCUGUGUGGGUGUGAAAGACAUCAUCACAGAGCCCCGAUGGGCAGCACACUCAAAAUAAUGAAUAACAUUACAGAGUAAUCAUGGCUCAAAGUGGGUCCAUUAGGUUUGAAAAACAAUAAUGCACAUCAUUAACUGUUUCGUUGUCUACCUGUGGGAGUUUACGUUCCCCUUCUGUCAGUCUGAUAUUCUGGUAUGAUUUUUUUAUAUCAACAUUGUGACUGGUGGGAUUUGUGGUAAGAAUGAAUCCUAGUUGCUCUCCUGAUGCAGGAGUCUUUGCUGACGCACACGCUAGUGAAGAUCUCACAGUAAACCAGUGUUGGGAUGUGAGGUCCGAUGUAAAUUUGUGUUUUUUGGCAUCUUCUGCUUUUGAAGAGGAACUGGAUUUAUUAUGGAUGCUUGUGUGUUGACAGUUUAAAUAUGCAACAAUAAACAAAGCCUCUGAUGGUUUGUCUGUCA